AUGCCACAUCGCCCAGUUGAACGGAGAAGGCGGAAGACUGCAGAAGGGAUGAGACCUGGAAAACCACACAUUCAACAGGCCAAAGAUGGCAGCCAAAGACCCAACGCACCACCCGAAGAAUCUGAAGAAUUUUUGAGGGAGGAGAAACAGGUGCGCGAGGAGAAGAACGAUGGAUGGAUGGCCGGGGGACUCACCCCCGAAAAAACGCCGCGCCGCGCCGACCCGCGCGAGGCUGCAAUCGGGCUUCGGGGCGUUCGGCCCGACCCGGCCCCGAGCAUUGAGGCACUGAUUGACGAGCAGCCGGAAAACCCCAUGGUAAAUGGGCGUUUGACAACAACGCUGACGAUGAAGGUGGUUGGUGACAAUGUGAGCGGCUAUCAAGCAGGUCCGGGCACGCCGGGCGGUUCAUUCAGGCAGCAGUUUACGCCACGGGAGUGCCCUAAGAGCGGCUGUCCACAGCCACAGAAGGGAGCUGACGGAUACUUGCCGCAGCGGCGUUGGUCCGACGCAGCUGGAUGGCCGGAUGGAAAGCUGCCGGGCGAAAUGGACAACGUUGUCUUGCCUCCAGAGGACAAUGUACUUCUCGACAUUGUGACUCCCAAGCUGCAUUGGCUUGACAUCCAGGGGAAGCUUGAGUUUGAUCGUGCACUGAACUGCACACUCAACGCCCACUCGGUGAAGGUCUGGGGCAGGUUGCAUAUGGGAACGACUGAGAAUCCCAUGCCACCGAAUGUCAAGGCAGAAAUCGUCCUCUGGGGCAGUGAGCAGUCCAUCACGGUGAUCAUGGUGGAGGGCCUUUUCCUCGUGAACAAGGUGAUCUCGGUGCUGGGCGAGUUCUCGGCGGUUGGAACACCCCGGACCAGCCAGGCAUGGACCAAACUCUCGCAGACGGCGGCCAUAGGCUCCACGCAGCCGGUGCUCAUGGGCAACCUCGCUGACUGGGGUCCCGGAUCGCAGGUGGCGAUCUCGGCCACGGAGUACCCCUCGCCUCCUCAAACCACGGAGACAGAGGUGCGGAGAAUCACUGGGAUGCCGGUCUAUGACGCGAAUAGUGACACCACCACCAUCACGCUGGAUUCGGCCUUGACCCAUCGUCAUUUUGCUGGAGUCGUGGACAGCAGUGCGGAGAACACGCAUUGGCCCCGACCCUUCCUGGCUGCGGCCGUGGCCUUGCUGGAUGGUCGCUCCAAUGUGGUCUUAAAGACUGGAGAGGACUGGGAGGAGCAUGGAGGCGAAGUGGUGAUUGGUGGCUCUUCCGACGGCAAUUGGGAAGGCAUUGCAACGAUCAGCAACGUGGACUUCAUACGCAUGGGGAAGUUCUGGUAUCAAGCUCCGGCUUUGAAGUUCAACUUCCUCGGGGGCCAGAAGAACAUGUCGCGUGUGGAGAACUGCGUCUUCAGCUACUCGCAGUCGGGCGCCAUUGAGGCGAACUACGUCUCUCACUUGGAGCUCGUUGACAACGUGUUCCACAGGACCACUCGUACAGCAGUCUGGAUCAGAGGGACCAGUAGCCAUGAUGCCGUGGUGCUCCGGAGGAACAUUGCGAUUGAGACCCUGCGACACCCCAAUGAGAACACAGAAUGGAUCCGGCACUUUGGGUCUUUCUACUUGGAGGUCAGACCAGCGGAGCUCUAUGGAAAUGUCGCUGCAGGAUCCUGUGACACUGGAUUCAUCCUCCGGCCCCAAAUGAAAGCUUGCCAAAAAGGCGAUCUCGGCCUGGCCCGGCUGCAACAGGAGGAGCUGAACGAAGCGGUGGCGACCAUGACUGGUGUCUUUAUCUUGGACGCAUGCCAGGAUGAUUGUGAUCAAUGCGCACAAGUUCACGGCCUCGUUGCCUGGAAGUCCGCCCAUGGAGGCAUCAUGUCAGGGGACCAGAAUGCCAAUGUGAGGCUUGAUACCAUCCUGCUGGCAGACAACCACAUAGGAAUGGCCUUGCGCUUUGUGCGUGCCACCACCGACAUGAACCAUCGAACCUACUCCUACAACAUCUCGGUCUUUGGAUCGACUGCAGCAUCCACAUGUGAUGCCUCGACAGAGUGCCGUGCCUAUGGCGAAACGGAUGCGGUCGGCGUGGCUUGCAAUUCCGUGGUUGGGGACUACUAUCGCCGGGUGGGCAUCAUGACCCACAUGAUCAACAACAUCCCGAAGUUCUGCGAAGCUGAAGGGAUCACGCCCUGCCGACCGCCAACGACGCCCAUCAAGAUGUGUGUCAUGCCGUGGGAGGAGCGUAUGGGUUCUGCUGGCUCGCGCUAUUCGGAGUCGCACUGGGAUGGUGUCACGUUUGGACAUUGGUCCUCUUCAGACUGUGGCAAGCCCUCAGUGGCCUUUACGUACAACCCCACCAACAUCGACAUUGCGUAUCCGCAAUUCUUCACGGGUGUGAAAUGGCUGCCUUCAGUGGAGGCGGGAGCGCGGGUCUACCUGGGCGAGUCCGGAAUCACGCACAAUUCGGUCGUGGCGACCGGUGAGUUCGACGGAGUGAACCAGCUCGUUCUGACGGAUGUGGAUGGCAGCCUUCUAGGUUCUACACCUGAUGCAUCGCUCGUGACCGUCUACAAUCCGGCGCUGGCCAUCCAGACCUGCACGGAGGUGGGCUCCUCCUACUUUCAAUGCCCCGAGCUGCAGCUCCGAUAUCUCACCUGGGAGGCAGUGGGAGGCCCUGAGAAUCGAGUGCUCAGCAAGUUCAAGGCUUGGAGGGCCUCCGAUGACCGUGACACGUGGUCAACAGGUCCACAGGAGGAGAAGACAUGCCUGCCAGUCGGAGCUGAGCACGAUAGGAGCUGGAAGCUUCGUCCAAAUGAUAUGUACAAUCUCACCAUGUUCACAUCACCACCCAAGCAUCACCGCCUCUUCUGGUUCAACGACAAUCCGGAUGAGACGAUUCGCCUGGACAUCUUCCUGACCCAACCCUUUCGAUUAGAGGUCUAUGUGGAUGGCAGCCUCAUGUCGGAAGACCUGUAUGACACGGCCAAGAAAUCCCCCGCGCGGCUACCGGAACUCACCGACCCUCAUGGCUCCUAUGCUUUCGACCCACAAGCGCGCCGCUUCUACUUGGUGAUGCAAGGAGGCUUCUUCGAUGGACGUGCCGCCAGCGUCGGUGGGGGAUUUAUCUUGCUGAGAUUAUUGCAGGUCGUGCAGGUUACAAUGACCGUGUCCAUGCCCUUAGCAGAUUUUGAUUCGGUCGAGCAAGACAAGUUUGUGAGCAACGUCGCUGCGCUGUUGGCCAUUGACCCAGCUCGAAUCAAGAUUGUGCAGGUGCAAUCGAAGGCACAAGUGGCAGCACAAGGUGGUCGCCUCCUGGAGGCUCUUGAGAUGCUACAGGCCACCCUGCAAGAACGCCUGCUGCAGGGCGAAGAGCUGUCGGUCAUCUUCCAAAUUGUCGAGGAGAACCCAGAACCUGUGCCAGGGGAGGCAUUCGCCGAUUCGGGCGUUCCGCCUCCCGCAGGACAGACGUGGGAUGCAAUUGUCCCCACAGCCGCUCCUGGCAGCCCAACCACUGGAAGUGGAAGCUUCGAAUUCAGUGGAGCAGCGAUCACCGAGCUGGCCGCGCUGGUUCAGAUUUUGCAGAAUGCCUCAGACGCUGGCGUGCUUUCGGACAUUCUUCAAAUUCCGGUCGUACUUGAAGCAAUCGAGCUCACUGAUGUUCCAACCGACCAGGCAACGUCCAACACCACAACAACUUCCAACAACUUCACCACGACGGAAACGACUUUAUCCACCACCUUCGCGAGCACCACCACGUCAGACCCUAAUGCAACCACAGAGCCUGAGGAGGCCGUGCCAGAGGAUCCCACUGUUGCUUUGGUGCAAUCCAUCCUCAUCGGUGCAGUCGUGGGUGUUGCGGUGGGCAUUGUGAUGAUGGUGGUGGGCUAUUUUGUCAGAAGACGCUGGUACUCGAACACCGUUGCCACGGACGAGCCUGCAGAUGAAGCCUUGAAUCCCUGA